AUGACACGAAUCACGACUCCAAUCAACAUCGGCCGAUGCGCCUUGAAACACCGCGUCCUCAUGGCGCCAUUAACAAGAUUGAGAGCCGACAACCAUGUACCCUUGGAUGUAAUGGUUGACUAUUACUCGCAAAGAGCUUCAGUGCCAGGAACUCUACUCAUCACUGAGGCAACAUUUAUCUCGGAAAAAUCACGAGGUCGUGAUGAGCAUGCGCCUGGGAUAUAUACUCGCGAACAAGUCGAUGCUUGGAAACGCGUAACAGAUGAAGUCCACAAGAAGGGCUCAUUUAUCUACAUGCAGCUUUGGCAUGUCGGGAGAGCUGCGAAACAGGAUGUCCUGGAUAAGGCUGGCUUGGAAAUGGUCAGCAGUAGUGAUAUCCCUAUCGGUGCUGAAUACCCCAAGCCUCGGCCCUUGACGGAAGACGAGAUCUGGGAAAGCAUCAAGUCCUUCGCCACUGCAUCUCGAAACGCAAUUGAAGCUGGUUUCGAUGGCGUUGAGAUUCAUGCUGCCAAUGGAUAUCUCAUCGACCAAUUCACCCAGGAUGUCUGCAACAAACGAACCGACAAAUGGGGAGGAAGUGUCGAAAAUCGCUCACGGUUCUGCAUCGAAGUAGCAAAGGCCGUGUCGAAAGAAAUUGGGCCGGACAGGACAGGCAUCCGAUUGUCGCCUUUCAGCACCUUCCAAGGCAUGAGGAUGGAAGACCCGGAACCACAAUUCGCACACCUCAUUUCCGAGCUGAAGCCCCUGGGCCUAGCUUACCUCCACCUGAUCGAACCCCGGAUCGCCGGAAACAUGGACAAAGUGGUGGACGACGAUAAAGAGAGCCUCGACUUUGCUUUGGGUGUUUGGGCGAGAUCAGGACCUGUUGUUCUUGCUGGCGGAUACACAGCCGAAAAGGCAAACGAAGCGCUGGAGACGCGAUUUAAGGAUGAAGCAGUAGCAUUUGCUUUUGGGAGACACUUCAUUUCCAAUCCCGACUUGCCUUUUAGACUUGCCAAUGAUGUUCCUCUCACUCACUACAAUAGGGACACGUUUUACAAGGUGAAGAGCCCCGAUGGAUAUACAGAUUAUUCCUACAGUGAGGCAUGGAUAGAACAACAAAGAGUUUAG